AUGGCGGCGGCGGCGCUGAUCCAGCCCUUGGAUCGCAAUGGCCCAAGCCUCAUCAUCCGCCAUGUCCUCAUUCCGCACUCUGACUUCGAGCCAGCUAGCGUCAUUGAACACAACAUUGCAGCCGCCAUGAUCUUGGAGAGGAGCUACAACUGA